AUGGAGAACGAUGAGAACGUCUGCUCAUCUCACGUGCGUUCGUAUGACAAACAUAAAAACGCUCAAGAAGGUCCGAUUACUGUUCCACUCUCAGCUGUAGACACAUACUUUACCGCAAAUGAGAAUAUCAUCCGCGACCUGCUAUUCGAUGCGGUUCGGUACCACAGCUUCCCUGCCUAUUGUGUUUACGAACCACCAGCACAUGCCAUCUGGAUGCGCAGAGCCUUGCUAAACUGGUUGCGAGAGGUAUUUGUCUACUUUCAUUGUUAUUUUGUCGUAAGCAAACUGAAGGAAACUGUGCCGGUUUCGGUCGAGCGAAUGGUUCAGUACACCGACUUCUCAGUCACUCGUCAGGAUCUCUUGGCUAAAGAAGUAACCAUAUGCAUUGCACUUCAAUGGAACUUAACCGGAAUAACACCACUUGAUUUUAUUGCCCCGUCUGUUGAUUUUCUACCAUGUUCUUUGGAACUACGUCAGCUUUUAAGACGGUCGGCCUCUCACAUUUUCAUGAAAAUUUUGCAUGUGGAAGGUGUAAAUCUCUACCUCCCUGGCUAUACUGCAGCCGCUUGCAUACUUUACGCCCUGCAGUUAACAGUUUCUCCUGACCUAGGUGAAUCUGCCGUUAGCUCCGCCGCACGUAUCCAGCGUCUUCUUGGUCUCGAAGCCUGCAAGCUGCGCGAGGCGUACCAAUUCUUACUAACACUUUUCAAGCCGGGAACAAUCGAACUGGCCGACCACGUUAUUCGCGUUGAUCAAUGUCCCCCACCGUCUCAAGGGGUUGAUCACUCUCCUGUAGAGGUAAACGAUCUCAAACAGCAUGCUGACGAUACUCCAACCGAUCCAAUUACGCCGGCCACCAACGGCGGACAGCUCUCAUCCUCUUCGGUCUGUUCCUCGUCCUCGUCUGCUCUCUCCACAACAAGACUGCCUAGUUCAACCGGCACCCCGGGUCUCUCCGUGUCCCCGUUGCUCCCUGAAAACUUUCGCACUAAACUUCUUCCUCCCCAGUCUUCGUCUGGAUUGUCUUCGGAGAAGGGAUUGAAAAUGCCGGUUUAA